GGAGACUAGUUCUAUGCCAAAACCUCACGUCACGCCUGGUAAUGGUAUCUCAUCAACUUGGACGACUCGUGCCCACCACCUCGUGAUUGCAUUCAUUUCCACAAUAAAUUAAAUUUCUCUCCAGAUUUUCUUCUUUGUUAUUUCCUUUUUAUGUGCAUUGCAUGCACUGUUUCCCCGAAAAAAAAAAGGCGCUUGCUCUUGAAGACCCAGUUGAGCCAGUGCUUUCCUUUGGCAGAGAGACUAGCCUUUUUCAACUCUUUAAGCUCUGUUCUAUCUGGGUUUUUGCUAAAAUGGAGGAGGGUCUUGUUGGGUUGCUCAGAACAGCUUGGAUUGCAGCGAUACUGCCUCUACUCAUAGCUUCUGUACCUUCUUCUAGGCUGAGCUCAUUUCAUGGAGCUGUUUUGGAAUUUGCCAAGAGAGGGAAGAUCAUGAAAUCUUCUUCUCAGAAGUUCACAGUUCCUCAAAAGUUCUUCUGCCAUUUCUAUUUGGUGGCUGUAGUGUGGACAACCUUACUCCUUGUUACAACUGGGAUGUAUGCGUAUAAAACAGUGCCAUUGGUUUAUCCUACAUUUCCCAGCCAAUUGACUGGAGGUUCACACAUCUUUUCAUGGCAUAAGUCUCAUUCGAUUCCUGUAAGUUAUAGAUAUGGCGUUUGGCGUUCUGUCUUUCUGCUUUUAUUGAUGGAAGUUCAAGUCUUGAGGCGCCUCUUUGAGACAAUAUAUGUAUUCAACUAUAGCUCCUCUGCUCGGAUGCACAUUUUCGGAUAUCUGACUGGACUCUUCUUCUACACAGCAGCACCGUUGUCACUUUGCUGCAAUAAUGCUCUGGAGGUGUAUAAAUUUUCAUUGAAUGCAGUGGCUGAGUUCAUUGUCAAAGGCAAGACUACUAUGCAACACAUGGAAUUUGAUUGGUUGGAAUUUGUGGGUUCUCUUUUGAGGCUUCGUUGGCUCCAAUGGACUGGUGCGGUUAUAUUCUUUUGGGGCUGGAUCCAUCAGCGCAAUUGCCAUGCAAUUCUUGGCUCAUUACGGGAACACAGUGGACAAAAUGAUGAAUAUGUGAUUCCUCAUGGUGAUUGGUUUGAAGUUGUUUCAUCUCCACACUAUCUGGCUGAGAUAGUUAUAUAUGCUGGCCUUGUGGUUGCUAGUGGAGGAACAGACCCUACAAUCUGGUUACUUUUUGGAUUUGUGGUGUCAAACUUGGUAUUUGCAGCAGCGGAAACACAUAGGUGGUACCUCAAGAAGUUCAAGAAUUAUCCCAGUAAUCGGCUUGCCAUUUUUCCAUUUGUAUACUAAGUGCAAACAUAUAAUAGCUUGUGCAAAGAAAGAAGGGAUGGAUAGGAGAGCCUCUGACAAGUCUCCAAUGUACAACUCUGUGGAUCUUGACAUACAAGCAAGUACAUUGUAACUUGAUACUCCGUACAAUUUCAUCCAAAGAAGCAUGUAGCAACAAAUAGGUAUGCAAUCUGUAAUUGGUACACCAAACUAUACAUAUGAUUUACUUUAAUGAUCAUUCUAUUAAAUAUUAAUACCAAACAAAUACAUAUGGUUUACUUUAA